UUAUUUCAGCACUUCGACCGAAUCUUCAUCGAUUUUCAGCUUGAUUUGGGCCUCCGUAUGGAUGGGCGACAACAGUUGCCUUACGAUGUUCCGACCACGUCGUGGCUGUCGUCAUAAGUUGGUUUGUUUCAUACUCCGCUCGAUUCUGUACAGCUCCUGGGCUCUUGGCAUUUUCCCCUUUACGUAUGCCUCCAAGAAAAGACGAUUGCGUCGCUCCAAGUGGCUAUUGGUCUACGGCAUUGCCUUCAACACGACUCUGGUGGUGCUGAUGCUGCGACCACAUGGUGGGGAAGAGGCACCCGUGGCGAAGGACCCCAAGUUGGACGUGUUUCGGCGCAACUUUGUGCUGGAGCAAAUCAGCCUGAUCCUGGGAGUUGGCGGAAUAAUCACAAUAUGUGCGAUGUAUCUGCGAACCUUCUGGCGGAGCAGAGACCUGUGCAGGAUCUACAACCAGCUGCUGGAGUUGCAGGUGAAACACUUUGCAGACUCUGCCGUGGAGUGCCCGACCUUCGAUCGGUAUGUGAUCCAAAAGGGUUUGCUCAUCGUCGGGGGCGUGGCAUCCACACUGGUCAUCCACAUUGGCAUGCCCAACGAGUCCGUUUCGCUGGUGAAGCUGGGCAGCUUCCUGCUGGCCAUUCACUUCCACCUGGGCGUGGCAUUCAUCUACCGUUUCGUGUGGCUCAUCAACCUCGAGCUUCUUGACCUGGCCAAUCGGCUGAGGAUCAGGCCGGAAGCCGGAAGCUCCGCUCGUGUUCGCCUCCUCCUGUCGCUCUACAGUCGCUUGCUGGAACUGAGCGCACGACUCACCGCCUGCUAUGACUACCAGACAGCCAUGAUGAUGACCAUUUUCCUGGGCGGCAACAUCAUCGUCUCCUUCUACAUGAUCGUCUACAGCGUCAGCCUCAGCCAGAUGUCCGUGUUUGUAAUGCUGGUUAUGUUUCCGCUGGCUCUGGUGAACAAUUUCCUGGACUUUUGGCUGAGCAUCGCAGUGUGCGACCUGGCGGAGCGGACGGGCAGGCAAACCUCCAUGAUCCUGAAGCUAUUUAAUGAUAUGCAGACAUUGGACCAGGAGCUGGAACGCAGUUUCUCCGAAUUCGCUUUAUUCUGCAGCCAUCGCCGGCUGAGGCUCCAUCACUGUGGCAUGUUCUACGUGAACUUUGAGAUGGGCUUCCACAUGCUCGUCACGAGUGUCUUGUAUUUGCUCUUCCUGGUGCAAUUUGAUUAUAUGAAUUUGUAA